GAAGCGGAAAGAGCGGGUGUAGCGGAAGGGCGGGCAGAGCGGAUGCGUGCAACCAGCGGUAUAUAUCCCGGGACAACGACCCUGACUACGCUUUUCUGUUGAACCUUGUAUGAUGCUCCUUAAUCAAGUUGAUCCUUACGCCUUUGUUCGAUAUGCAAUCCUUCCUUCAGUACCGACGUCUCCGCAGAGACCUGCAGCAAAGCAUCAAGUUGCACGGCCCGAAUGCCGCUGGGGAUCCGCAUUCACAGCCGACUGGAGACAUCCUGGAAGAUAUCGAUGAUGCCCAGCUUGAGGGGCAGCUAAUAUCCAAUGGCUCAAGCACUGUUAUUCCUCCAGCCCCUCACGACGCCUGCUCAUCACAAGGACUGCCCGGGAUUGCGUUGCAUAAUGGGCAAAGAGUGACUGUGCCUGGCGUCAGCGUCCAAUCUGCAGCCAAGAUUGGACAAACCAAUGAAAAAGCAAUUUUUCUCGUGGGGUUCGACGGUCCAGAUGACCCGUUCAAUCCGAAGAAUUGGCAUCUAGGACGAAAGUGGACAACAUUGGGCAUUGUUGGUACAACGGGCUUCCUAGUGGGUUGGGCUUCAUCCAUCGACUCUGCGGUGAUCAAACAGGGAGAGGAGACAUUUGGGGUCAGCGAGGUGACCGAGUCUCUGGCCACUGCGCUAUAUCUGAUCGCAUUCGGAUUCGGAUCUCUUGUGGCGGCGCCUUUCUCAGAGACUGUGGGACGCAAUCCCGUGUACCUGGUGACAUUGUCGGUGCUUAUGAUCUUUAUUAUGGCAUCCGGUCUAUCUCCAAAUAUAGGAGCCCAGCUGGUAUUUCGCUUUAUUGCCGGACUAUUCGGAUGCACGCCGCUGACGACUUUUGGCGGCAGUAUGUCGGACAUAUUCGAUCUUCUGGACCGCACUUAUGCAUUUCCAGUGUGUUGUGCGCUGUCUUUUUUGGGACCCUUUCUCGCUCCAAUGGUCGGCGCCUUCAUUGGUCAAAGCUCAGCCAUCAGCUGGCGUUGGUCAGAAUGGACAUCCUUGAUCCUUGCUGGGCUGAUUACAGGCUCAAUCUUUCUCUUUGUUCCUGAGACCUACGGCCCAGUACUUCUACAAUGGAAGGCUCGUCAUCUCCGCGCCAUUACUGGCGACCCUCGUUUCAUGGCUGAGAUGGAGCUGCGCCAAACUACGUUGCCGAUUCGACUACUGCAUAGCUGCUCCCGCCCAUUCAAACUAUUCUUCGGAGAGAUCAUGGUAGCUCUUUUCACGAUGUACCUGGUCGUGGUAUAUAUCGUCCUCUUUGGCUUCCUGACUGGCUAUGAAUUCAUCUUCGGUCGCACAUACGGCUUCUCUCAAGGAUCCGUGGGCCUGACCUAUAUCGGCAUGAACGUGGGGUUCUUGGUUGCUCUCGCCACGAUCCCGCAUGUGUAUACGUCGUAUAAAAGACGAUUGCAGGCAGCCAUCGCCAACGGCCAACCCAGUCUACCACCCGAAGAGCGACUCUGGUACGCCAUGUAUGGCGCCCCAUGGCUUCCAAUCUCCCUUUUCUGGAUGGGAUGGACCAGUUAUCCGUCAGUGUCAUACUGGUCUCCUCUAGUCGCAUCUGUUGCCUUCGGGUUCUCUGUGCAGGGCAUCUUCAUAUCCAGCUAUCAGUAUCUAAUCGAUACAUAUGAGCUCUUCGCUGCUAGUGCACUAGUGAGUGCGACAUUCAUGCGAUAUCUAGCCGCGGGGGCCAUGGUUAUCGUGUCAAUUCCGAUGUACACAAACCUGGGUGUCCAUUGGUCGCUUACGCUGUUGGGAUGCAUCUCGCUACUGAUGACGCCGGUGCCAUAUAUCUUCUACAAAUUUGGGCAUGUGAUUCGGCGAAGGAGCAAGACUGCCGCAGCUUCAUAGGUAGCAUUGUCUCCUGAACGGAGCGAGCACUGACUCGGUGGCUUCACCUCCCAGUUAGUAAAUUACCGUCGGCAUUGGGAUACCUCAGUUGGACAUAUGCUUGGUAACCACGGUCAGUUUAGCGAUCAUAUGAGUCUAAAUUUUGAUAUAGCACGUAGCUGA